ACCUUCAAUGGAAAUAGAAAACGCAAACACAAACCCGAGGCUCUAGAAAAAAAUAUAGAAAGCCAAAGCCCUCAUGCUACGAAAACAAUAGCCAAAAAAUGAAGGGUUCUUGUUGCCUUGCCAAUACACACAAGCUCUAUUCCUCUCUUCCUUUGAGCAACUCCAACAACAACCACAUCGUUUCAUGCCAAAAAGGUUUCACUUUUAAGGUGAGGAAUUUGGGCUUCAACGUGGACAAGAGCUUUUGGUCAAACCAUGUUUCCUAUGUAGCACAAAAGAGAAAGGGUAAUGGUAGCUUUGUGGUGGGAUGUGCAAGUUGGAGUUUGGUGAGAGAGUUGGAGAAAGAGUUGGAAGCUGAGAUGAACACACAUGAAGAGACUGGAAUGGCAAAGUUUAAGCACAAAUGUGGAGAAGGAAAAGGGGUGGUGGAGAUGUUGGAGUGUUUGGAGAGGGAAGCUAUUAUGGGUGAAGAUGUGGGAAAAGAGCCUAUGGAUUAUAACCGAAGGGCUCAGAUAUUUGAUAGAAGCUCUAGAGUAUUUCAAGCUCUGAAGGAACUCAACAACAACAAUAGCCAGUGAAUUUGGUUUUACUUUAGUUGAAAUAAAUAAACCUAUCAAGAGAAUAAUGACCAAUUGUAUUAUCUUGAUUAAUGGGCGUUUUGUGUAAAUUGUGAUGCAUACCGUGUACACAUAUAUAUAAUAAUAUCACUGUACUUUUUCCGUGACUC